AUGUCUCAACAAUCCAACUCAUCUUCCUCCAAGAACAUGUCUGAUUCCUCUAGCUCUGAGCCAUGCAACCCUAACAGAGAAGAUCCUGUUGUUGACUCUGCGAAUACCUCACAUGCAAGAAGACCUAAAGAAACUGUAUCAGGCUUCUCCUCAGCAAUCGCUCUUGAGGAACAAACCAGAGAAGGUUCCAGGUAUGUUCACAAUGCCAUUGCCACUAUGGUGACUGGAAUACUGUCUGGUAAUCAUAAGGUCCUUGGGGUUUCCAUUCCCUUAAACACUAUUGAACCUGAUAGUGUUGCUUAUCAAGAAAAUAUUGAGUCUUUAGGAAAGAAUAUCUCUGAUGAUGUUGAGCAAAAUGAUGCUCAUAAGGAGUCAAAUGUUGACAAACCCUUAGAUAAUAUGGUUGGUGAGGAAGUUCAUGUCACUCAUGAUGUCAGUAACAACCCUAACUGUGAGGCUGAAACAGUAGACCUGGAGGAGUUUUCUGAUAAUGAGUUGUUGUCCUCAGUCGUCCCUAGCAUAGCCAAAAGGGUUAGGACUAGGAGAGAAAAGAAAAUAGUGGCUCAAAGGUCCCCCAGAAAGAAGAUUGAUGUUCCAACCUCUUCCAAUACAAAGGUGGCAGUCGAGAGUUCCCUCAAGAGGAAAGUUCAUGGUCCAACAAAAUCUUGGAGCAAAGGGGUGCCCAAGAAAAAGAAGACCAAGUCUGUUGUUGUUGAGUCUGACUCAGAUGUUCCAUGUGAUGUCCCUGACACUCUGUGGAAAUAUGUUUAUCAGAAGAGGCUGGCCUUGGAAAGGGAAUUAGCUCAGAAUGUCCUGGAAUGUAAGGAUAUUAUGGACCUUAUUCAAGAGGCUGGUUUAAUGAAGACUGUGACUCAGUUCUCAAAGUGCUAUGAGAUGUUGGUAAAGGAAUUUAUUGUCAAUGUGUCUGAAGAGUGUGUUGAUGGGAAGUCUAAGGAAUUCAGAAAAGUGUAUGUGCGAGGCAAGUGUGUCUCCCUCAAUGAUCAACAAGUAUUUGGGAAGGCCUGA